AUGUCCUACUCCAGCGAGUCCUGCAGUGUGAGCUGCCCCCAGCCCAUCGCGGAGAGCUCCAACGAGCCAUGUGUGCAGCAGUGCCCUGACUCCAGAGCCCUGAUCCUGCCCCCGCCGGUGGUGGUGACCAUCCCGGGCCCCGUGCUCAGCAGCUUCCCUCAGGAGAGCAUUGUGGGAUCGUCUGGCCCAGCCUGGCUGGGGCGUUCCUUCAGUUCCCGCAGCUCCCAGGGCUACGGGGGCUCCUUUGGGCUGGGAGGUUCUGGGGGUUCUGGGGACUCCCUGGCCUUGGGGGGCUCCUCUGGCUAUGGGGGCUCCUUUGGGUCAGGAGGUUAUGGGGGCUCCCAGGGCUACGGGGGCUCCUUUGGGUGGGGACCUUAUGGAGGUUCCCAGGGCUAUGGGGGCUCCUUUGGGUUGGGGGGCUCCCGGGGCUAUGGGGGCUCCUUUGGCCUGGGAAGCUGUGGGGGCUAUGGGGGCUCCCAGGGCUAUGGGGGUUUCUCAGGCUAUGGGGGCUCCCUGGGGGGCUAUGGGGGCUCCCGGGGCUAUGGGGGCUCCUUUGGCCUGGGAAGCUGUGGGGGCUAUGGGGGCUCCCAGGGCUAUGGGGGUUCCCUUGGCUACGGCCGUUCCCUGGGUUAUGGAGGUGACAUUGGCUAUGGGGGCUCCCUGGGGGGCUAUGGGGGCUCCUUUGGCAAUUGCGGGAGGUCCUACAGCUCUGGCUUCUCCUCGCGGGGCCUGGGCUAUUCCCUGCCUGGCUCCCAGAGAUGGGGCAGGUCCCGCCGCGGGAGCUGUGGGGUUUUCUAAAGCUGCCCUGUCAGUGCCCGCCCCCAGAGGCAGUGCCAGCCCUGGAGCCCAGCCUGGGCCAUGGGGACACCUGGCAGGAGCCGCUGGCAGUGGCAGCUGAGUGUGCCCUGGGUGUGCCCUGAGCCCUCCAUCCCCUCGGGACACCCUGAGCCCUCCAUCCCCUCGGGAUACCCUGAGCCCUCCAUCCCCUCGGGACACCCCGAGCCCUCCAUCCCCUCGGGAUACCUGAGCCCUGCAUCCCCUCUCUGUGCCCUGAGCCCUCCAUCCCCUCUCUGUGCCCAGACCUCUCCAUCUCUGGCUUAUCCCGGUCCUGAGCAAGGCCCUGCUCCUAGAGCACGAGUCCUGCAUCCCCUGCUGUCCCUGGGAUCGUUUGGAUUCCCUGCCCUCGGCUGUUGCUCUUCUCUCUGACAUUAAACUCCUGUUGGUGUUGC